GCACAGCUCCAGAUGUUCAGGGCGCAGUGGAUGUUUGAACUUGCCCCAGGGGUGGGCACUAGCCCCGCGGAGCCGCGGCCCAGCCGCGCAGCAAGAGGCACUCUGCUGAAGGCGGCUGCAGACGCCAAAGGCAAGCACGAGCUGGCAAAAGAAGAAAAGGCCCGAGAGCUCUUCCUAAGAGCAGUAGAAGAGGAACAAAAUGGAGCUCUUUAUGAAGCCAUCAAGUUUUAUCGCAGGGCUAUGCAACUUGUGCCUGACAUAGAGUUCAAGAUUACUUACACCCGGUCUCCGGACAGUGAUGGUGUUGGAAACAGCUACAUUGAAGACAGUGAUGGUGACAGCAAGAUGGCCGAUCUCUUGUCCUGCUUCCAGCAGCAGCUCACGUUCCAGGAGUCUGUGCUGAAACUGUGUCAGCCCGAGCUGGAGAGCAGCCAGACUCACAUAUCCGCACUGCCCAUGGAGGUCCUGAUGUACAUCUUCCGGUGGGUGGUGUCUAGUGACUUGGACCUCCGAUCACUGGAACAGUUGUCACUCGUGUGCAGAGGAUUUUACAUCUGUGCCAGAGACCCGGAAAUAUGGCGUCUGGCCUGCUUGAAAGUGUGGGGCAGAAGCUGCGUUAAACUGGUUCCGUACUCAUCCUGGAGAGAGAUGUUCUUAGGGCGGCCCCGUGUUCGGUUUGAUGGAGUGUAUAUCAGUAAAACCACAUAUAUUCGUCAAGGGGAACAGUCCCUCGAUGGUUUCUACCGAGCCUGGCACCAAGUGGAAUAUUACAGGUACAUUCGAUUUUUCCCCGACGGCUCCGUGAUGAUGCUGACAACCCCGGAGGAGCCUCAGGCCAUUGUUCCCCGCCUGAGAACCCGGAGCACCAGAACCGAUGCAAUUCUGCUGGGUCAUUACCGCUUGUCACAAGAUACAGACAAUCAGACCAAAGUAUUUGCUGUAAUAACGAAGAAGAAAGAAGAAAAACCACUUGAUUAUAAAUACAGAUACUUCCGUCGGGUCCCUGUGCAGGAGGCGGAGCACAGCUUCCAUGUGGGACUGCAGCUGUGCUCCAGUGGCCACCAGAGGUUCAACAAGCUCACCUGGGUGCACCAUUCUUGUCACAUCACUUACAAGUCAACUGGCGAGACAGCGGUCAGUGCCUUUGAGAUUGACAAGAUGUACACCCCCUUGUUCUUCGCCAGAGUGAGGAGCUACACCGCGUUCUCGGAAAGGCCGCUGUAGCCCAGCCCCCCACCGUUGCAUGAGUAAAAGCAUAGAGCGCAGAAGAGCACCUGACUUAUAAAUACGGAUAUAUAUAUAUGGGAUUGGGAUUUAUUUUAAAUGGUUGGAAUUCUUUUAAAAAGAAUAUAAAUUAUUUUUUUUAUUUAAAGAGAUAGAUGGUUGUUGGGGUGUUUUGUUUUAAAACUAUAAGUUUAAGUACAUUUAUGUUGUGAAAAACCUUUAAAUGAGGCGUCAGGGCAGGCGUAGUGGUACACACCUAUAAUCUCAGCACUCGGAAGGCUGAGGCAGGAGGAUCACUGGCCGGCCAGGACUGCGUUGUGAUUUCAGGGCCAGUCUGCACUACUUAGCAAGACCCUGUCUCAAGGCCCCCUCAGCAAGGAGGCGUAGACUCAUGUUCGUUUUCAAGCAGAGUUGUGAGCAGCUUUCUGUCACGUAAGCCAUCUUCUGCCUGAGAACCAGUGCUUGGGCUCAGGAGGGCGGGCGCCCUGCAGAAGGGCGCUAUUUCUCGCAUGGCAGUGUCUGCACUAAAGGCUUAAAACAGGAAACCGUUCUGGAUUUGUUUGAAACUGUAACCAAUAAAGACCAUAAAUAAAUGUUUCUUUC